AUGGCCUUUUUACAAUCCUUAUCCAAACGCUUGGUCUUGCGUAUCGCAGCUUGUGUGCUUGCCUUGAGCGUGAUUAGCACAGUGGUCUUAAUGGCCAGGCCCAAUCUACGUAAAAGAAAGAUCGCCAUCUCAAGACCUGCCGUCAACUAUCCUCCAUUCCAUAAUCCCGAGCAUUUGCAUCAUCCCAAUCCACACUUUAAAGCAGCCUAUGUGACCAUGACCAAGGGCGACGCUGGUUCGCUUGCCAACUUGCGAUUGACCAUUCGACAGCUUGAAGAUAGCGUCAACCACCAACGACAUUAUCCUUACAUUAUCUUUUCCAAUGAACCUCUCAGCACCGAAUUCAAGACCCUGGCACGAUCCUUAUCCAGUGGCGAUAUGGCAUUCUACGACAAAUUGGAUAGCACGUAUUAUGGCUACAGCCCAUCCACCAACUUGACCAAAGCCGCUGAAGCACGUGAACGCAUGAAUGGAUCCGUCUUGUUUGGUGAAAGCGAGGAUUAUCGUUUUGCAUCGAGGUUUAUGGCAGGCACGAUUUUUCGACACCCAGCAUUACAAGAACUCGAUUACUAUUGGCGAUUUGAAACAGGCACAGAGUACAUGUGUCCAUUGGCAUUUGAUCCUUUCCAGUACAUGUAUGAUCAUGGCAAAAAGUUGAGCUUUUCAAUUGCAUUAUACGAAUAUGGAGAUACCAUCCCUACACUGUUUGAAACUAUCAUGGGAUUCGCUGCAAGACAUCCUGAUUGGGUCCAAUCCACUGCAAGCAAAAACAGUAUAUGGCCUUUCGUACUCGAUGACAAGAAGACCUUCAACAUGUGUCAUUUUUGGAGCAACUUUCAGAUUGCCGAUCUCAGCUUUUUCAGGAGCGAGGCAUAUCAAGCUUAUUUUGAUUACUUGGAUAAUUCCAAUGGCUUCUUUUAUGAACGAUGGGGAGAUCCGAUUGUAUUAUCAAUGGCUGCAGUUUUGUUUUUGGAAAAGGAACAGGUGCAUUUCUGGGACGACAUUGGAUACCGUGUUGCUGGUUACUUUACCCAUUGCCCAGCUGAUUACAAGCAAUGUAGUUGUAGACCCCAUGAGAACUUUGACAAUGAUGGUUACAGCUGUCUCAGCAAGUUUCAAUAA